UUCGUAUAUCACGUCGCAAACGAAAGAAAGUAUUCAAACAUUAUUUUCACAUAUCAGUGGAAUUAGUAUUUGAAAGUGUUAUUAUCGACAUUUGGUAGUUGAUAUUUCAUCUGGUAUUCAUUUCCUUAUCAUUGAAAGAGUGACUAGCAAGGACUUCAGACAUGUCCAACGCAAAUCCACCCGAUCCAACAAGAAACCAUCCUGACAAAAUUGCAUCGAAUAACAAAGUUAUUGUUUUAUCAAUGAAGAAUAUGCCAACCUUGGCGAACUUUAAAUUCGAUCCAUCAAAGAAUUUCUUAGCCAGUGGUAAUCCUGAAAACAAUCAGCAAGUAUUCAGUUUUAAACCACAACAAUUAGUUCAAUCGUCAGUUCCACCAAAUCCAUCAUCACAACAAAUGGUUCAAGUCAUUCAACAACAAACGUCAACAACUUCACAACAAAAAAUUUCUUCACCUUCAGGAAAAAUUCUAAUUCGAGCUCAAUCAACUCCAUCAUCAAGUAAACCUCAAAUGACUUCAAUCAACAAGGUUCAGGAAACUUCUAAAAUUACAAAUGUAAACAAAGAAAUCUCAUCGGCAACACCGCAAACUGUAACUGCAUUUCGUAGCAAAUCCACAAGUGACGUCACUAUGAAAACUCCAGCGGGUCAUACUCUUCUUCUUCAAGCACCAAUGGUCAUAAAAAAUCCUGGUAAUUUAGCUGCGACAACACUUCCAAGUUCACUGAAAAACGUUACAUUUUCUCAUCAACCGCCGCCCACUUUAUCAUCAUCGUCGCUCCCUCGAGUUACUGUUAGUGGAAAAAUUCCAGCAACAACACAAAAAAUUGUUUCGAGUGCAUCAAAAACCACUCAAAGUUCAGUGACAAAACCUGUUCCAAUUCGUCCUAAAAUUGAUUCGAAUCUUCAACAAAAUAUCGUUAUUCAAGCUCAGCCACAACCACAGAAAUCAGUUUUAUCAAUUCCCAUUGGAACAACAGCUUAUGCAAGAUUUAAUGCAACAACACAAAAAUGGAUGUUACCAGCAAGUUCAACAUUCUCAUCAGCAGUUCCACCUUUAGCGAGAAUUCAACCAAAACCUUUAAAAGUUACUGAAAAGUUGUUGGAUGAUGAUGAAAAAGAGGAAAUGGAAGUUCCUGCUGCUGCUGCUGCUGCUGUUGUUGUUGAGAAGACGCCAGAAAAACUACAGAAACGAACUUCACAAGAAGAAAGAUUCUUGGAAGUAAAAAGAAUAAUUGAAGGUGAUGACGAUGAAGAAAUAAAUUUGAAUGAAGAAAGAGAAGCAGUCGAAGAAUCACCACAAAAACUCACAUCUGAAAUCGGUGACUCAUCCUCAUCGAUGUUACUUUGUGAUGAGAAAAUUGAAAAUGUCUCCCCUGACGUCACACCACCAGACAACAAUGAAAAGAAGAAAGAGGAUGCGACAACGCCAACUCAAUCAAAUGGCAGCGACAACAAUGUUGACACGAGCGAAAUCAAUUCAUCAAUGAAUGAUGUGAAGAAGAAUUUGGAGCAGGCAUUGAAACAAGAAGAAGAAUGCGACAAGGAGAAUUUCGAGAUUGUUUUGGAGGAGGAUUCAAUAAGCGAUACAUCAUCAUUGAGUGAUGUAAAACGUCGAAAGCUUCAAGAUUAUGAGGAGUCUUUGACAAAAACAGAAAUUAUUACAAAGAAAGACACAGAACAGGAAAUAAAAUCUGUCGUUGAGACAGGAAAAUCAAAACGAACGAGAAAAGCGAAAAAUCCAACAAUCAUUGCAACUUUGGGACUUCCUUACAAACCAUCACAACCAAGUGGAAGAAAAUCGAAAGGUGAAAAGAAGCUAGAAUUCGAGCUUGAUUUUCAUGAUCCUCUUAAUAAGAUUCAAUGGGAUGAUGGAAUUGGCGGUCUCAACAAUUGCAACAAACUCUUCGGUUACGAUGAAUUUGGACUUCUCGAAGUCAUCAAUAAGAAAGAUGCCAUGGCAAAGUUGAAGCAAUUGGAGCCAACAAUUAAAAUUGAUAAUACAUCGUCAAUAAAAUUACGUAAAAUUGUUGAUCCAAUUGAUCAAUUUGUUUGCAUGGUUUGUUCAAAAAUGGGAACAAUUCGUGAUUUUUUCUCACCAGAAUGUUGCAGUGAAUCAUGUUUAGCAAUAACGAAAAGGAAAACCAGCGAAUUUAAUGUUGUUGGUGGUGGUGGCAGAGAAUCAUCAUCGGAAUCUGGUGUAACGACGCCAGUUGAUGAACGUAAAUUAAUGUUUGGUGGGGAAAUGAUUCCAUUGCAGCAACUUCAACAACAUUUACUUGAACAACAAGUGCCAGGAUCGAAACGUGUUCGUAAUAAACGUUCAUUAAUAGCAGCGCCUGAAAUGAAAUUCCAAUGGGACACAUACUUGACUGAAAAGAGUGUCCCAGCUCCACUCAAUCUCUUUCAAUCACCAUAUCCACGUCAUGAAAAUCCUUUUAAAGUUGGAAUGCGUGUCGAAGCAAUCGAUCCUGAAAAUCAGAAAAUGUUUUGCGUUUGUACGGUUGAGGAGAAACUUGGCUAUCGUAUAAAGCUUCAUUUCGAUGGAUUCUCGCCGAAUUAUGACUUUUGGGUGAAUGCUGACUCACCAAACAUCUUUCCAGCUGGCUUCUGUCAAAGUAAUAAUCGCGUUCUUAACACGCCACCAAGAUGGACUAAACAAAAGUUCGAUUGGAGUGAAUAUCUUGAUCGUACAAAUUCCAUUGGUGCACAACGUUCAAUGUUUCCACGAUUAAUGAAAGCAUCGUCGGAAGUUUUAAAUGAAAGUCGCUUUAAAAUCGGAGACAAAUUAGAAGCAAUGAAUGACGAUAAAUUAUAUGCAGCGACAAUCAUUGAUCUUCUUGACAAUCGAAUGUUGAUUGAGUUUGAUGGACAUCCAGAAAUUGGCUGUAAAUGGAAAGAUAUUUUCUCACCUUAUCUACGCCCAUGUAAUUAUCAUUUGACAGUUGAUUAUCCUUUCAUUUCACCCACAAAUCCGCCGUUUGAUUGGAAAGAUUACUUGAAAUCAACUGAAAGUGAAGAGGCGACAAUCGAUUUCCUGAUUUAUCGUAAACGUGAAGUAAACUGCUUCGAACCAGGACAUAAAGUUGAAGUUGUUGAUCCAGUUAAUCGACAACUCAUUCGACCAGCGACAAUUCUAAGACGUGACCAUUUUAAGAUUCAAGUAAUCUUUGAUGGAUUUGAUAUUUCAUUUGCUUUCUGGCUUGACGAUGACUCUGAAGAUAUUCAUCCGAUUAAUUGGUGUGAGAAAACUGGACAUCCGAUUGAACAUCCCGCUGGUUUCAACAAAUCAAUAGGCAGUGAUUUAUGUCCAACAGCUGGCUGUCGUGGAAUUGGAAAUGGAACCUUUACUGAUCGUUAUUUCCAUGAUAAUGUUGCUGAAUGUCCGUAUGAGAAACAAAAUUGGAAGAAGAUUUUAAAUCGGAAACUUGGAACAAGACUUGACACAAAAAUCCUUGCAAAACGCAACAUAAAAUUAGUUAAUCAAGACAUUUCAUCAAAGACAAAAGAAGUAAAUUCGAAAGUUAAACGAGAGAAUUUUGAUGAUCAAGUCAUGAUUAUUGAUGAUAGUGUGGAAGCAUCAACGACGAUGACAACUGCGACAAAGAGCAGAGGAAGAAAACAUAAAAUAGUGAAAACUGAAAGCAGUAACUUAAUUGAGAUGCCUGAAAAAAAAUUAAAAUUAUUCAAAGACUUCCUCGAAGAUUAUGGACCGCAAUUUCAAUAUUCGUACAAUUUAUGGAAAGAGAACUCAAAAGUCUUAAAACGUGCUGAACUUUGUGGAUCAUUAACACAAAAUCCAAAUGAAUGGAGUGUCUACGAUGUUGGAACAUUUCUUACAAAAUUUAUCGACGACAUUGACAUUGUGGCACAAUUUAAAGAGCAGGAAAUUGACGGAAGGGCGCUCAUGUGUUUGUGUCAAGAUGAUUUGACAAAUCUUAUGACUAUCAAAGCUGGUCCAUCAAUUAAAAUCUAUAAUCGCAUUAUGGAAUUACGUGAAGAAGUUUUUAUGAAGUUUAUCAACGUUUAAAAUUAAGAAAACAAAUUUCUGUUCAUUUCUCUUUUUGUCUUUAAAGCUCUUUAAUAAAGAAUAAAAAUUAAAUGUUAACAUAUCGUUGAAUAAUUUCCUUACGUAGUUGAGAGAAUACUGAAAUGAGACUAUCAGCGGUGAACUUUUCAAUUUGAAAGACUUCAGUGAGAUCUCUGAGGGUCAAGUUGAUAAUCGCUUCUCCGUCAAUUUCUUCACAUAGAAAAUUGUUUGCAAUGGCUUUUGAUGCGAUUGUUGAUAUGAAAAUGUUAGCUUCGUUGAUUGACCAAUGAAUUGGAUUAAUAUCAGCGUUUAAAUUUUCCAUUUGACGAAUCUUGUUGAAAAUUGGAAACUUUGUUUGAUCUCUGAUCGAUGCUGGUGGAAUUUUGCAAAGUUUCGAUCCAUCAUGAAGACGUUUAAGAAGUUCAUGUGAACGUAAUGGUACAAUGAGCUUCUCUGCCGGAGUAAUUUCUCUAUUUCCAAGAAAGUAAUCUUCGCUUCUUAGAUGUUUGUUGUCUUCUGUGGAUUGUUUUAUGUUUUCCUUCUUCACAUCAUUAUUGCCAACAUGAAAUUUUUUAUUCGCUCUUCUAGCUUCUUUUAAGCUUUUCAUUCUUUCACGUCGAAGAAGUUUCCUCAUUCGAGCUUUUUGUAAAUUAGCCAAGCCUGAUGAUCCUCUUUUCUUCUUAACAAUUGUGUUUUGUGAUUGAUCAGACUCCUCAUGUCUAUAUUUAGAGUCGUCACUUGUUGAUAAUCCAGCUUCGAACUUUAAUAAAUGUAAAGUAGGGAUGGCAUUUUUCUUCAGGGUUACCGGUGAAUUAUCACGAUGUUUGUUUAUAAAUUUAUCUUCGAAAUGAAGUCUGCAGAUUGAAAACAAAUUAUUUUCAUUCCUUACUUUUCUUUUGUCAAUGUAUUUAAACCAAUUUGAAUUUUCCGUAGUUGAGAUUGUGAAAAUAUUUGCUUUGUUGCUUGCAUCACAACCUUUUAUAUCGCAUUUCUUGGACAUUCUUAAAUUUUUGUUUUCUUUUAUAAUUUUUGUAUUUUUCUAUGUUUUCGUCGAAUCCGAAGC